AUGGUCGUGGGCCCUGGGCCCUCAUGCCUCAGAGCACUCCCUGUUCCAAGCGGGCCCAGUGUGGUGGAAGCUCGGGAGCUAGGGAGCUGGGGGAAGGCUGUGGGUGAGUGUCUCGGGGGUCCCGAUAUGAGCACAGCGGUCCCGGGCUGGCAGUGCCAGCUGGAAGCCGAUUUGCAGAGUGCACCCAAUCAUUUGGCAGAAGUCGUGGCAUUGGACGUGCCCAAAGUGCCCGAAGCCUGGGUCUCUGGCAAGUUCUCGGGACUGGAGUUUACACAAAACCCUCUGAUAAGAGCUCCUUGUGUUGUGUUCACAGGUGACUGCUGGCUGCUGGCAGCCAUUGCCUCCCUCACCUUGAAUGAAGAAAUCCUGGCUCGAGUCGUCCCUCUAAACCAGAGCUUCCAGGAAAACUAUGCAGGGAUCUUUCACUUCCAGUUCUGGCAAUACGGCGAGUGGGUGGAGGUGGUGGUGGACGACAGGCUGCCCACCAAGGACGGGGAGCUGCUCUUUGUGCAUUCAGCCGAGGGGAGCGAGUUCUGGAGUGCCCUGCUGGAGAAAGCGUACGCCAAGAUCAACGGAUGCUAUGAAGCGCUCUCAGGGGGUGCCACCACUGAGGGCUUCGAAGACUUCACCGGAGGCAUUGCUGAGUGGUAUGAGUUGAAGAAGCCCCCUCCCAACCUGUUCAAGAUCAUCCAGAAAGCUCUGCAAAAAGGCUCUCUCCUUGGCUGCUCCAUCGACAUCACCAGCGCCGCGGACUCAGAGGCCAUCACGUAUCAGAAGCUGGUGAAGGGGCACGCAUACUCGGUCACCGGAGCCGAGGAGGUUGAAAGUAGUGGAAGCCUACAGAAACUGAUCCGCAUCCGAAAUCCCUGGGGAGAAGUGGAGUGGACAGGGCGGUGGAAUGACAACUGCCCAAGCUGGAACACUAUAGACCCAGAGGAGAGGGAAAGGCUGACCAGACGGCAUGAAGAUGGAGAAUUCUGGAUGUCUUUCAGUGACUUCCUGAGGCACUAUUCCCGCCUGGAGAUCUGCAACCUGACCCCAGACACCCUCACCAGCGACACCUACAAGAAGUGGAAACUCACCAAAAUGGAUGGGAACUGGAGGCGGGGCUCCACCGCGGGAGGCUGCAGGAACUACCCGAACACUUUCUGGAUGAACCCUCAGUACCUGAUCAAGCUGGAGGAGGAGGAUGAGGAUGAGGAGGACGGGGAGAGCGGCUGCACUUUCCUGGUGGGGCUCAUUCAGAAGCACCGGCGGCGGCAGAGGAAAAUGGGCGAGGACAUGCACACCAUCGGCUUUGGCAUCUACGAGGUUCCAGAGGAGUUAAGUGGGCAGACCAACAUCCACCUCAGCAAAAACUUCUUCCUGACAAAUCGCGCCAGGGAGCGCUCAGACACCUUCAUCAACCUCCGGGAGGUGCUCAACCGCUUCAAGCUGCCACCAGGAGAGUACAUUCUCGUGCCUUCCACUUUUGAACCCAACAAGGAUGGGGAUUUCUGCAUCCGGGUCUUUUCUGAAAAGAAAGCUGAUUACCAAGCUGUCGAUGAUGAAAUCGAAGCCAAUCUUGAAGAGUUCGACAUCAGCGAGGAUGACAUUGAUGAUGGAUUCAGGAGACUGUUUGCCCAGUUGGCAGGGGAGGAUGCGGAGAUCUCUGCUUUUGAGCUGCAGACCAUCCUGAGAAGGGUUCUAGCAAAGCGCCAAGAUAUCAAGUCAGAUGGCUUCAGCAUCGAGACAUGCAAAAUUAUGGUUGACAUGCUAGAUUCAGAUGGGAGUGGCAAGCUAGGGCUGAAGGAGUUCUACAUUCUCUGGACGAAGAUUCAAAAAUACCAAAAAAUUUACCGGGAAAUCGACGUUGACAGGUCUGGUACCAUGAAUUCCUAUGAAAUGCGGAAAGCGUUAGAAGAAGCAGGUUUCAAGAUGCCCUGUCAACUCCACCAAGUCAUCGUUGCUCGGUUUGCAGAUGACCAGCUCAUCAUCGAUUUUGAUAAUUUUGUUCGGUGUUUGGUUCGGCUGGAAACGCUAUUCAAGAUAUUUAAGCAGCUGGAUCCUGAGAAUACUGGAACAAUAGAGCUCGACCUUAUCUCUUGGCUCUGUUUCUCAGUACUUUGAAGUUGUAACUAAUCUGCCUGAAGACUUCUCAUGAUGGAAUAUCAGCCAAGGACUAAGCUUCCAUAGAAAAACACUUUGUAUCUGGACCUCGAAAUUAUAGGAACAUUUACUUAAACGGAUGAUCAUAGCUGAAAAUAAUGAUACUGUCAAUUUGAGAUAGCAGAAGUUUCACACAUCAAAGUAAAAGAUUUGCAUAUCAUUAUACUAAAUGCAAAUGAGUUGCUUAACCCUUGACAAGCUCAAAGAAAGCUUUAAAUCUGUAAAUAGUACACACUUUUUACUUUUACACACUUUCCUGUUCAUAGCAAUAUUAAAUCAGGAAAAAAAUGCAGGGUGGUAUUUAACAGCUGAGCAAAAACAUUGAGUCACUCUCAGAGGACACGAGGCCUUGCAGGGAAUAUUUAAAGCAACUUCAAGUUUAACAUGCAGCUGUUGAUUCUACCAAAUAAGUCCAAGAUUACCAUUUCCCAUGAGCAAACUGAGAAACAUAGUAUAUCAUGAAGUAAUCUUGUCAAGGCAUCUAGAGUCCAGGUGAGAAGACUCACCUCUGUUGCUUGAGUUAAACAAAGGACAGGUUUUAUAUAAUAUUGAUUGGUAAUAGUAAAUCAUUCUCCUUAAACCCAAGUUCUUGAUCCUAUUCGGCCUUAUACAUCAGGUCUUACAAAGACCAAAGGGAUUCCACGCUUGAUCAACUGAACCAGUAUGCCAAACCAGCCAUCCAAUUUGCAAACCAAUUAUGAUAAAGGACAAAAUAAGCUGUUUGCCACCUCAAAACUUCAUGAACUUCACCACCACUAGUGUCUUCCCAUGGAGUUAGAGGGGACAUCGCUUAGAAGUUCUUAUAGAAAGGACACAAGUUUGUUUCCUGGCUUUACCUUGGGAAAAUGCUAGCAACAUUAUAGAAAUAUUGCCUUUUUGCCUUAUCUUCUUCCAAAUGUACUGUUCAAUAAAAAUAAAGGGUUUACCCUAUGCAAUCACA